AUGGACAAAAUCAAAGAGAAACUUGCCACUCUCCGUGCCGAAGCGGAUGCAGCUAUCGAACGAGCUGAGGCCGCCGAGGCCAAGAAUAAAAAGCUGGAAUUGGAAACGAUGAAUAAAGAUCAAGAAUUGAUUUCUUUACAGCAUAAGGUCAGCAACCUUGAAGCUGACCUUGAAGCAGCGGAACAAAAGAUUACAGAUGCCAAGACGGCAAGAGAGGAGGAAGAAACAAAUAGGUCGACUAACGAGAAUCUGAACCGAAAGAUUGCUCUUCUCGAAAGUGAAUUAGAUAACGCUGAGAAGAACUUGAGAGAAACGACAGAUAAACUUCGACAGGUCGAUGUUAAAGCCGAACACUUCGAACGUCAAGUGCAGCGUAUCGAGGCGGAGAGAGAUUCAUGGGAGACAAAGUGGGAACAGACGCAUGAGAAGUACCUUGCCUCGAAGAAGGAACUCGACGAGGUUGUACAACAGAUGGAGUCUCUUUGA